CCGGUCCUGGUCCUGGUUCUAGUCCUGAUCCUGGUCCUGGUUCCCCCAUGUGGAGCCACACCAACCAAACAAUGCCUUCAGUCAGUAUUAAAAAGCAUUGGUUGAUUGUUGAUGUCUGAAUCUUUCUGUUUGUGGUAAAUGUUUUUAUUUUCUGCUUUAGCUCUAAUGAGGCUGCUGAAGUUUUAUUUUGAAAUCCAUCACCGGAAGUGUGGUCGUCGCCGUGUCCGGUGAGCUGACAGGUGUGUGGAGGCGUACCGGAAGAAAGUGAAGAAGAAAACAAGUGAUGAACGUUUCCGCGCGGACGCUUCGGUCCGCUGCCCGCACACAGACACCCGGACCGGGACUACUGACCGCUGCCGGUCCGUGUCGGAGGAGUCCGGACGGGUUCCGCCAUGGACCCCUCCAUCACGCUGUGGCAGUUCCUGCUCCACCUGCUAGAGGACCAGCGGCAGCAUCACCUGAUCUCCUGGACAGGUGAGGAUGGAGAGUUCAAGCUGCUGGACGCUGAGGAAGUCGCCCGACUGUGGGGGCUCCGCAAGAACAAGCACAAUAUGAACUACGACAAGCUGAGCCGAGCACUGCGAUACUACUAUGACAAGAACAUCAUCAAGAAGGUGAGCGGGCAGAAGUUUGUCUACAAAUUCGUCAGUCAGCCCGACCCAUCCGUACCUGAGGGAGUCCGCAAUGGAGACGAGGCCCAGCGGAGGGACGGUGACCCAAACAGCCAAUCAAAAGGCCUCGGGGGCCUGACCUCAAACUGUCCGUCAAAGGGCUUACCACAGCGCUCGUCGCCCAGCAGCUCUCAGAAGAGCUCCCGUAACGACUACAUGAAGUCUGGCCUCUACUCCACCUUCACCAUCCAAUCACUGCAGGCUUCACCCAACCCACGGCCAAUCAAGACAGAGCUGCUGCUCCAACAAGACCCCGCCCCCAAGGUCGAUCGCAUGCCCAGAGAGGUCUGUGUCCUGUCAGAGUCUAAGUCCUCUCCGUCAGUAGGUGGCGCUGUUGACCCUGCUCUGCAGGUGAUUGUCACUCAAGCGUCUCCCUGUCCGACUCCGGCUCUCAGCCCACAGAUACCAGCCAACACCACCAGCCAAUCACAGAAUCCUCCUGGCGAGCCUCCUCACAUUUACCUCACCAGUGUGGGAGACCCGUCCUCCCUCACCCCUCUCAUCCCUUUGGGUCCCAUGGGAGGGGCGGUGAGUCCCGUCCCUCCCCCCCAUAUGUCGAUGGGCCCUCAGGGGCCUCAGCAGGACGACUGCUUCCCCCCCCACUCUCACGCCGCUCCUCACCCAACUCCCCCCCCGCCCGUCUUCGUCAUCAUCAACCCCCCUCCUCCUCCUCCCCAGCAGCAGCAGGCGGCCAUGACGGCCGCUCCCCCCGCUGUGGCUCCUCCCCCCAGCCGCCCCCCUCCUCCCCCCAUCAUCAUCAAGGAGGAGAGCCUGCCGUCAGAGAAGGAGCUGCUGGAGAUGGUGAGCAUGGAGGAGAAACAGGUGGAGGAGGUCCCUCAGCUGAUCUGCGGGUCGGUGGAAGCAGAGUCCUCCCUGACCAUUGUGGAGAGCCCGCCCCCUCCCUGCAUGGAGGCUGGGGUCGGAGGUCAGCCUGCAGGGGAGAGCGGGGCGGAGAGCCAGGGCGAGGACACGCCCACAGGUCUCUCCGUCCCUCCUGUGGUCUCCUCCUCAGCAGUGACCUCCCCGGUCACCUCCUCCUCCUCGUCAGACUCUGCUCCCCCCAAACCAAAGAAGCCUCGAGGACUGGAGCUGCCGUCAUCGCCCUCCCUCCCGCCCGGCCUGUCCCUGGAUAAGGUCAAUGCAGCUGUUAACAGUCUGCUGGCUCCUGGAUCAGCGACCAACACCCUAACCCCGACCGUCAUCACCUCCCACGCCCUGACUCCGGUCCUGUUGACUCCGAGUCCUCUUCCCUCGACGAUUCACUUCUGGAGCACGCUCAGUCCAAUUGCUCCUCGCUCUCCGGCCAAACUCUCCUUCCAGUUUCCCUCUAACGGCAGUAAUCAGAUCCACAUCCCGGCUCUGAGCGUGGACGGCCUGUCCACCCCUGUGGUUCUCUCCCCCGGACCCCAGAAGCCCUGAGCUCCCUGCCCGCCUCGCACAGCUCCUCACUGGGCACAGAACUCGCCACGCCUCCUGGAGAGUCGGAACAGACUCGGACCAGGAACCAGGCAGACCUUGGGCCUGGUGGCCCGGCCGGAAGGUUUGAUGGUUUAUGGACCUUUGAACAGCCGGAGACUCCUCACUCAGCAGACAGAUGUUUGAAUGUUUUAAGACGUGGAGCUCCGCCUCUU